CUCGAAGUGAGAUCCCGCCCUCGUGGUCCGCCCUUCGCUUCCGCCGCCGGGCGGGGUGGGGGUGCGGCCGGGGAGGGUCCUCCAGGCCCACUGCGGGCCUCACUCCCGCCCCGGCUCCGGGCGGUGGCCUCUAUGGGGACGUUGGCCCCUGAGGCUGGACAAAGGCAGCACCACCAUGGCUCUCAGCGCGGACGGCUCCGGCGACAAGGGCUCGAGUGGCCAGGAUCUGGAAUCCCUCGACACCUACAUCCAGAACACCCUCUCUGCCCUCUACCCACCAUUUGAGGCCACGGCGGCCACCGUGCUCUGGCAGGUGUUCAGCGUGGCUGAGAGGCUCCACGGAGGGGAUGGGCUGCGCUGCCUCACUGACUUCCUCAUCCCGGCCAAGAGGGCCCUGCAGCACCUGCAGCAGGAAGCCUGUGCCAGGUACACAGGCCUCAUCUUCUUCCACGAAGGCUGGCCACUGUGCAUCCACGGGAAGGUGGUGGUGCAGUUGGCGUCCCUCCGCGGAGUCAGGCUCAGGCCUGGGGACUUCUACCUGCAGGUCACGUCGGUGGGGAAGCGGUCGGCCAGACUGGUCUUAAAAUGCCUCUCUCAGCUGGGGCGAGGCUCCGAGGAAGUCACUGUGCCUGAGGCCAUGUACGGCUCUGUCUUCACAGGAGAGUUCCUGGACCAGGUGAACAGGGAACGCAACAGCGUCCUCUUGAAAAACUGCUUGCUGACCUCAGGCUCCACUGUCUACCGCACCCCGUGGAGUAACGUCACAGUCCCCGUGUUUUUACCUGCCAGCGGAAGAGUACUGCCCAGCUGCUCCGCCCCUGGGCCCGAGCAGCCUCCCAGCAGCACCUUGGAGGCCCAGGCCCCAGCACCAGCCAUGGCCAGCCCUGGUCUGCCAGGGAGCACCUCUUCCGGAGACACUCCGACCCUGCCUCACUGUGCCGAGCAUCCUGGCAGUGACCAGCCCAGCCACAUUCCUUACCUGAGAAGAGCCAAGUGCGAAAGCCCCACGACCCUGCCCCGGAGCUCUGGCGACGGCCCAUGGGAGCCCCUGGAAUGUCCCAAAGGAUCGGGAGGGGGGCUGGACCCUGUGGACAAGGAGGAUGGCCCCCAGGCCCUUACCUCUCCCGAGGAUUCAGAUAGCCCAAGAGAGCAGCCACCUGAGGUCCCCGCUGGCAUGGAGACCAGACGCUGGUUCAGGAAGUCCUACAUGGAGGCCCUUCGGAACCCUAUGCCCCUGGGCUCUAGCUCUGAGGAGUCCCUCAUGGAUGAGGCCUCCAGCACCCAGAGCAAGAGGGCCGGGGCGGCAGCCAGCCCCACCCAGAAAGAAACCCCUGGCCCCCAGGGAGACUUCCAGGGCAUUGGGGGUCAAGAGAGCUGUCCGGGAACUGCUGGGAGGACCCUUACCAGGAGGUCCAGGUCCUUGGACAGGUCUCUCAAGGGUGUCCAAGGUGACAUCCUACAGGCCUCCCCUCACUCAGCCAAUGCUGGACCCGGAGGUGUCUUAGGAGGACAAGCCGUGGGGACCAGAAACUUGGGCUCCAGCCAGCCUUCUGUCUGCACCAAAGAGAAAGCCAGUGUCGACGCAGAUGGCCGCCGCUCCCAAGGACCCAGCCCCAGCAAGUUCCCAGCCAUGCGUGCUGAGCUGCUGUGCUCUGAGGGUGAAGGGCAGCCCCCCAGCACAGGAGACCUGCCCAACCAGGUGCCCAGGCAGGUGCUGGAGAUCGACUCAGAGCUGCUGCAGUCGGGGGCCGUCAGCCUCCCAGGGACCCGAGACCGCCAGGGGAGAGCAGUCGUGCAGGUCUGCACGAGGAGCCCACUCUGGUCCAGCCAACACACGUCCAGCACCCAGCUGACCCGCCUGCUGAAGUACCUCCAUGGCAUCCCCAGGAAGGAGGUGCGGGACCUGGGGCUGGUCAUACUGGUGGACGCACGCAGGAGUCCAGCUGCUCCUGCCCUCUCCCAGGCCCUGGCAGCUCUGCAGAACACAUCGCCCCCCAUAAUUCAUAGUAUUUUGCUCUUGGUGGAUAAAGAAUCAGCAUUCAGACCUGACAAGGCUGUAGCAAUUCAGUGUGAGGUGGUGGGCUCCCUGAAGGCCCUGCACAAGUUUGUCGACAGCUCCCAGCUGACCGCGGACCUCGAAGGCUCCUUCCCCUACAGCCACAGCGACUGGAUCUGCCUCCGCAGGAAGCUGGAGCCCUUUACCACAAACUGCCAGGACGCCAUUGCUUUCCUACAAAGUUUAAUUGGCUCCCUGAACACCCACAGGACCCUCAACACGGCACAGGCGGUCGCCGAGUCCAUCCGCAAGCACAAGGCCAUCAUGAAGCAAGUCCUGGAAGACGAGCUGCUGGUGGCCCUCCGCCUGGAGGGUGGCACUGUGCUGGCCCGGCUGAGGAGGGAAGAGCAUGGGGCUGGCGAAGACGGCCGAGACAGCAUUGAGGCUGCCUCCCGGCUGUACAACCAAGUGGACGAGGAGGUCCACAGGCUGGUCCUCACCUCCAACAGGUGUCUGCAGGAGCUGGAGAGUCUACGAGAACUGAGGACCCUUCAGGAGGAAGGCGACCAGAUCAGAUCUUGGUUUGAAAAAGAGCAAAAGAAGUUCCUGGGCCCUUUGGAGCUGCUCUGUGCUGAGAAGGUGAAGCCGCAGCAGCAGGAGCUGUGGGCCCGGUCUGCGGUGGGUGAGGUCCAGCCCUCGCUCGGAAACCCCGGAGUGGACGGGGCGACACUGCAUUGCUGUGAGUGUCCGAAGCGCCUAGGCCCGGAGCUGGUGGCCGAGCAUUUGAGGAGAGGUUGCCAGGAGGCCCUGGGGGAGCCUGCGAACAUGGCGGUGUUGGGCCUGGGUGGCCAGCAGGCCCUGAGGCAGUGGCACGCCUUGAGGCUACAGUGCCAGCAGGCCCACCUCCACUCCCACGAGGCCCUUUCUGAGUCUGCUGCAGACCCCAGUGCCCCACCUCUGGACCAGAGCCCCUUGCAGCUCGAGCUUGUCCAGGGGGCCGAGAUGAGGCACAGUGAGGCACCCUGGGUCCCCCUCACUGACCCCGAGGGCCGCACUGGGGAGUGGGCACGACUGGUGUCCAGCCUCCCUAGGCAAAUCGCUCCGUGUGGGCAGGAGGGUGAGCACCUGGACCCAGGUAUGCACACCCCAGACGACGGCUCCACUUGCUCCUUGGAGCCCACCCAGACCCCCAUCAUCCACCACAGGAAACAUCCUGUGAAGAAAAUUAUGAAGAAAACACUAAGCUUCGAGAUUCCACAGCUGGACAGUGGCCCCAGGGACUCCCAAUGGCCAGGCCACACUGGGGUCUUCAUCAAAGGCCUGGAGGUGACCAGCACCAUGGCCUCAGAGAAGAAGCCCUCACCGAGGCCGCAUGCGGAAAGCCCCCCAGUCGCUCUGAGCCGGAGCCUGUCUUCCCCCUCCAGGAUCCACCCCUGUGAGGAGGACCGGAGGAGACCAGCAGGAAGCCGCCGCCUGCAGCACAUAAUGGCCGAGAUGAUCUCCACGGAGAGGGAGUAUGUUAGGUCCUUAGGAUAUGUCGUCGACAACUAUUUUCCAGAGAUGGAAAGAGCGGACCUGCCGCAGGACCUGCGAGGGAAGCGCAGCGUCAUUUUCGGGAACCUGGAGCAGCUCCACAACUUCCACCGCCACCACUUCCUCACGGAGCUGGAGCGCUGCUGGCGCGGGCCGCUGGCUGUGGGGCGUUGUUUCCUGAAACACGAAGAACAGUUUGGCAUGUACGUGCUCUACAGCAAGAACAAGCCCCAGUCGGACGCCCUGCUCUGCAGCCAUGGCCACGCCUUCUUCAAGGACAAGCAGCGGGCGCUGGGUGACAAGAUGGACCUGGCCUCCUACCUGCUAAAGCCCGUGCAGCGCAUGGGCAAGUACGCACUGCUGCUCCAGGACCUGGUCAAGGAGGCCAGACGCUGCCCUGCCCGCGAGCAGGAGCUGGGCGAGCUGAAGGCCGCCGAGGACAUGCUCCGCUUCCAGCUGCGCCACGGCAACGACCUGCUGGCCAUGGACGCUGUCCGAGGCUGCAACGUGAAUUUGAAGGAGCAGGGGCAGCUGAGGUGCCGGGAUGAGUUCAUCGUCUGCUGUGGAAGAAAGAAGUAUCUGCGGCACGUCUUCCUUUUCGAUGACCUCCUUCUGUUUAGUAAGACCAGAAAGGUGGAGGGAGGCUACGACAUCUACACCUACAAGCAGUCCUUCAAGAUGGCUGAAAUCGGGAUGACGGAGACCGUCGGGGACAGCGGUGUGAAGUUUGAGAUCUGGUUCCGCAGGUGGCGGAAGUCCCAGGAGUCCUACAUUCUCCAGGCGAGCUCCCCAGAGGUCAAGGCCAUGUGGACUGACACGAUAGGAAAGAUCCUGUGGCAGCAGGCUCUGAGGAACAGAGAGCUCAGAACACAAGAAAUGGUGUCUGUAGGGCUAGGCAGCAAACCGCUCCUGGACAUCAAGCCCAGCAAUGCAGCCAUAAAUGGUCGGGCUGUCAAUCACAUCAUAAACGGAACAGAGUUGAGAACCCAAGCGUGCAUGGCAGUGCCCUCCCGUAAACCACGGCACCCCCUUCAAGAGGCCGCACUCCACCAUCUCCGACAGCAGCACCUCCUCCUCCAGCAGCCAUGUUCCUCUGCCACCCUGCACGUGCCACCGGCCAAGCCCACUGCCCCUGGCCGUACGACGUCCACACCUGCAUCGAGGAGGACGAGCUGGAGCAGGAGACAGGGAGCCAGACUCCGCUACGGACGGAGCACUCCGAGUCUUCCCAGUGUGCGUCGGGGGACAGCAGCCCUGGCCAACCCUGGCUCUCACAGCCCCUCCCCCCAGGACUGCUCUCUGAAGAAGGCCCCCAGGGAACCUCUCCCACCCUUCUCUGGAGGGACCCACAGCCCCAGCUCGACGGAGGCCAAUCCAUCACAAUCCUCUGAGAUCUGGACGAGAUGUGGCUCCUCCAGGGAGAGGGCAGAGGAACCUCCGCCCAGACCUGUGCGUGCAGACUGGGGUGAAACACUGAAGCUGUGGUCUCCUGACACCCGGCUCCCAGCCACAGGCUACUCAGGCCACUUGGUCUCACGCCCCUUGAGGCCUGAAGUCAUCCCCAUUAUUCCUCCCCGCCCUCCCCCACCCGGGCAUGGCCAGGCCUCCCUUUUGUCAUCCUUCCUCGUACAGCUCCUCCUCCACCUCCGUCCAGCAUGGACACCCUGUAUGGCGAGGCCUUUCCUACCAUGGUGGGAGCACACGGACCCCCGAUCCGUGCGGAGGCCCAGGCAUUCUCGGGUCUUAGAGCAGGGCGAGCCCUCUGGGACUGGGUUUCCCUACCUUGUGGGCAACUUGGGCCGUGGGUGAUGGUCCCCAUGGAAGUGCGUCCCAGACGCAGGGCAAGUAUAAUGGGAAUCUCAGUUCUCUUUCGUCUGUGGUAAGUCGUAUGUAGUCAUCGGAGCGGUACUGGAGCAAGGCUGAGGGGUCAUGACCUCCACCUGUGAGCCUGAGACAGGGCUACGCCCUGUUUCCCAGGUGGGUGCCAGGCUAGGGCUGGGGCAAGGGCACAUCAGUUUAGCCUGAAGCCCUGAGGAGCCAGUGCUGGGAGGUCCUGCCGGUGUGGACACGGCCAGAGAGGCCCACCCUCACCAGAUGACGGAGCCAGAAGCAGGGAGAGCCGGGGGGAUGCCAGACCUGCAGUGAGCUUCCCCCACGCCCCCUCCUCCGCCCGACCACGGCGACCACCGAGACCAGGAGCAGUAGUGGCAGGGGCCGCCUCUGUGAUUUGCCAGCUGUGUAAACUGUUUUGCUACUUUUUUUUAGUGCUGACUUGUCCCAAACUCUAGGAACAGAAAUAAAUGGGACAUGUUUCUACCAC